AAUGAGUGUUGUUAUUUCAUGGCCUGUGGUUGCCAGUUUGCUGUUGUUACAUUGAACAAAUCUCGGCACAAAUUGCGCAACGUGGCUUUUAUCCGCUGCUUCAUUCCCCGAAAUUUUACAGAUUGAUGAUUAAUACUAAAGUCGUAGGCACCUUUUGUUUUCUUUUUUACUAUCAACUCAAACCAUAUCAUGUAUAGCAUCGGCAGUCAGUUAAGAGCUACAGCUCGCCUCUCUAACCCUACCAUCAAAUUAUGGAGUAAUUGCAACAGAUUGAGAGCGGUGGGCCUUACUAAUCCUAAUAUAACUUCAAUGCAAUAUGUGGCUUCUUGUUUGCCUGUACAGAGAUACAGCAGCAGCAGCAGCAGCAGCAGCAGCAGUAAUAAUAGUAGCUGCUGUCAUAGUGGAAAAAAAACGCAAAAGGCAGAACCAAAACUGUUAGAUAAGGCUUUUUGGACUGACAGUUUAGCAUGGCAGAGGACCAGAGUAAACACUUUGAGAUGCCUCUUAGGAUGCACAACAGGCGAUUUCGCAAUGAUGUGGUACCUGCAAUUAAACUAUCCUGAAGUAAGCCCAAUAGUAAGCACAGCGGCAGCCAUGGUGGCGGGUCUAUCUUCUUCGUUGGUUUUAGAAACGGUUUUAUUGAAACGGUCUAUGAAAGUACCUGUCCGUAAAGCAUUCAAUACAGCUAUGGGAAUGAGUUUUGUAUCUAUGCUGGUAAUGGAAUUAGCCGAAAACGUUACAGACUGGCACCUGAUGGGUGGCCAAGUAGCUUUCCAAGAUCCAAAGUUCUGGUUGGCGGCUGCUGUUAGCACUGCUGUCGGGUAUAUCGUUCCUUUACCAUACAAUUACUGGCGGUUAAGAGCACUCGGCAAAUCAUGUCAUUAGUUGUUAUUCAAUAUGCAGUGCUUCAAUGAGAUUUUUGUUUAGAUCAGUUAAAGCAGCUAAAAAGCAAGGAACAUCAGUCUACUAUACCAAUAAAGAUAUUUAAAUUACUUUUCUAACCUUCUACAUCCGCAAGUGAACUG